AUGGCCACUGCCAUUGUCCUAAGGCAGUUACCAGCACAGGAAGUUCCAGGGGCUUGUUGUUUCAUUGCUCCUAGGGCAAAAUGGGUGGCCAGGGGUGGUAACAGGCAGUGCCCUGACACUCAGGAAAGGCUUGGGAUUGUCUACAAACAAAUCUGUGAGAAGUGUCCCUACCUUGAAAGGUACACUGAUGGAUGGGCAACCAAGGAGCUGAUCAAGCAGACGUUGAGGAAUCACCAGAGUAAGGCACAAGAUGAUGCAAAGGGGAAGAAGAGGAAGCCAAAGGCAAAGGCGAAGGAGGUUGAGCAGGAGCAAGUGGAGCUGGGGCUGGAGCUGGAGGUCAAGGAGGAACAAUAG